AUGGCAUUCCCAAACAUAAAGUUCUAUUACCAGGCUGCAGUAAUUGCUCCCCUGUUGACACACCUGGAGAGGGGUAACAGACCACAAUGGGUAACUUUAGAAAACCUAGCUAUCAAACCCUUUCUUACCGCUAACCUGAUAUGGCUGCACAAACGAAGCAGACCAAAACCCACCUCCAUACCUGCACAAGUACAGCUAGCAUUGCAAUUUCGGGACCUACACAGAAAGAAAUUCGAGACAGCUAAACCACUCUCAAUGGCAACACCCAUAGAGGCCAUGACAUACUAUAUCCCAACUUUUCACGCAUCGCCGUGGAAGGAGAGGGGAAUCUCACACCUAGCUCAGGUUUAUGAGUCGGGCAAGCUGCUGAGUUUUGAGCGCCUCCAGGCAACUCACAACUUGCCACACACCUCACAAUAUUCAUACAUUCAACUUAAAUCCUUAUUGCGGGCAGCUCAUACAGAUGAUAUAACAGAGGCUAAAAACACUGAAGAGCUUUCGAUAUGGGAACAAACAAGUCUCACAGGCAAAAUCCCCCUAACUUUCAAACCAUUUUCUGGAUGCUAUAGGCUUAUCCUGCCGUGCCAGUACAUAUCUGGCUCUACGUCAGCGAGCCAAUGGGAAAUGGAUCUUCAAACCUCCUUUACUGAGGGCCGGUGGUCCAGUAUGAUCUCCUCUGUUAGGAAGUUGAUUAAAUCCACUCCACUGAUAGAACAACACCAAAAAACGAUAUAUCGAUGGUACAUGGUCCCAUUACAUUUGCAUAAAUUAUACCCCCUCACAUCUGCGAUGUGUUGGAGAUGUAAGCAAGAUAAAGUGUCAGUUCUUCACAUUUGGUGGAGAUGUCCACACCUAAUCAGGUAUUGGGAGGACAUUCAAAAGAUUAUUGCUGAGGCCGCUGGUAUUCAGUUACCCCUUGAUCCCAAGACCUUUCUACUACUAGACAUUCCCAGGGGAAUACCCACAAACUCGAAGAAACUAUUGUAUCAUGUCCUGCUAAUGGCGCAAAAACUGAUAGCAAGACGCUGGAAGUCAAGUGAGACCCCUAGCAUCCCCAAUCUCAUUCAGGAAGUAGACACUCAAUCCAUGUAUGAAACAAGUUUCUCUAAGGCGUACACUAGACCGAGCCACCUUAGCAACAUGAGGGAUCAGUGGAGGGUAUGGAGAUCAUCCAACAUACAACACUCAAGUCGUUAG